UUGUGUUUUUAAUCCUUCCAUAAGCCAUGCGAAGGGCAACUUCCAUCUUGAACCAUGCUCCCACCUUUUGUUCUGUGUCGGCCCACUCGUUAGUCGACGAGUUCACCAAGUUUUGCUAUCAGAGGGAUCUUCCAAGAGCUAUGAAAGCGAUGGAAGCAAUGCAUAGAAACCGUCUCUCGGCUGAUGCAAUCACUUACUCCGAGCUCAUCAAGUGCUGCCUUGUUCGUGGGGCUGUACAACAAGCUCGGCUUGUUCAUGAGCAUGUUUUCUCAAAUGGUUACGAGCCCAAAACAUUCUUGAUCAAUACUCUGAUUAAUAUGUACGUAAAAUUCGGCCUCUUGGAUGAAGCCCGGAAUCUGUUCGACGAAAUGCCUGACAGGAAUGUGGUCUCUUGGACGACUAUGAUAUCUGCUUACUCCAACUCCAAUCUUAAUCACAAGGCGUUGGAUUUUCUGAUAUUGAUGCUUAGAGAAGGUGUUCGACCUAAUAUGUAUACGUAUUCUUCUGUUUUGAGAGCUUGCGAUGGUUUGUUGAAUCUCAGGCAGCUACAUGGUAGCAUAUUGAAGGUGGGUUUGGAAUCUGAUGUCUUUGUAAGGAGUGCUCUGAUCGACACUUACUCAAAAUUGGGUGAACAACAUGAUGCCUUGAAUGUUUUUAACGAAAUGAUUACUGGUGAUUUGGUUGUUUGGAACUCCAUAAUUGGUGGUUUUGCUCAGAACAGUGAUGGAGAUGAAACCUUACAUCUUUAUAAGAGAAUGAAGAGAGCUGAUUUUGUAGCUGAUCAGUCUACAUUAACUAGUGUUUUGCGAGCCUGCACUGGGCUAGCGCUCUUAGAGUUGGGAAGACAAGUCCAUGUCCAUGUAUUGAAGUAUGAUCAGGAUCUAAUCCUUAACAACGCACUUCUUGAUAUGUAUUGCAAAUGUGGCAGUCUAGAAGAUGCAAACCUUCUUUUCACUAGGAUGAUGACCGAGAAGGAUGUCAUCUCAUGGAGCACUAUGAUUGCAGGGUUAGCUCAAAAUGGCUUCAGUGCGGACGCACUCAAAUUGUUUGAAGCAAUGAAAUCUAAAGGUCCAAAGCCAAACUACAUCACUAUACUUGGAGUUCUUUUUGCCUGUAGUCAUGCCGGGCUUGUAAAUGAUGGAUGGUACUAUUUUCAAUCUAUGAAGGAGCAUUUUGGGAUUGAUCCUGGAAGAGAGCACUAUGGUUGCAUAAUCGAUCUUCUUGGUAGAGCUGGAAAGCUUGAUGAAGCUGUGAAGUUGAUCCACGAAAUGAACCAUGAACCAGAUGCAGUCACGUGGCGAAUCUUGCUUGGUGCUUGCAGAGUUCAUAAGAAUGUGGAUUUAGCCAUAUAUGCUGCUAAAGAAAUCCUGAAACUGGAUCCCGCUGAUGCUGGGACCUACAUAUUAUUAUCGAACAUUUAUGCCAAUUCCCAGAAAUGGGAAGAUGUUGCAGAAGUUAGGAGGAAGAUGAGAACUAGGGGAGUGAAGAAAGACCCAGGAUGCAGCUGGAUUGAAGUGAGCAAACAAGUUCAUGCUUUUAUAUUGGGAGACAACUCACAUCCAAGAAUAGAAGAGAUAAAGAGGGAGCUAAGCCAAUUAAUUCAAAGAUUAAUGAGACUGGGUUAUGUUCCAGAUACAAAUUUUGUGCUGCAGGAUCUUGAAGGAGAACAGAUGGAGGAUUCCCUUCAAUACCACAGCGAGAAACUGGCAAUUGUGUUUGGUUUGAUGAGUUUGCCAAAUCAGAAAACCAUUCAUAUAAGGAAGAACCUUAGAAUCUGUGGGGACUGUCAUAUCUUUGCAAAACUUGUUUCACAGUUGGAGAAUCGAGUAAUCGUCAUUCGAGAUCCUAUUCGAUACCAUCAUUUUCGGGGUGGUGUGUGCUCUUGUGGUGAUUACUGGUAACAGGACCGUCAGUCUAUUAUCAGCUAUUUCCAACACACUAAGAGCUUCCUUGGAGUGACUCUUUUGCCUUGGAAUACCCAAGGGUUGUACAAUUCCUCAAAGCUAGUUAAUCAGCCAUGUUAUUGAAGUUUGAUUGUUGUAAUCAAACGGAAUACGUUAUCGGAGACUUCAUCAGAUUUGGGAUCAGCAAUUAUUUGACAGCAGCAACAGCAAAUCUUGUGAGGCCUCAUUGGUGUGUGAACACUGGAUACCAUUACCAAGAAGUAAGGUAAACACAUAACAAGUGGAGAAAUCCAUAUCCUAAUUGCAAGGAUGACCAUAGAAGCAAUUUUCAAAACCCCAGACGAGAAGCUAUUUAGUUCUUCCAGCAGUUGGGAACUUUUUUUUUCUUUGCCUGAGACCUACUUGCUUAAUGGGGAAUUGGGCUUCUUCAAAUCCAGAACUGUUCCCCAGAACAGACAUUAGGGUUCUGAAUGACCGUUAGCUUUCUCCUCCAAGGUUACCUUCCGUUAACUAUUUGUCGACACCACCCAUACCAUAAGAAGCGCCACCUCUGUCCGCCCAAGUCUAUAUUCGCCGAUCGUCGGGAAACACUGGUGUGAGCUUCACGUGUCAUCAGAAUAUCCCUGCACAUCAUCCAUGCGCCGACGCAUGAGGACUUCGAUUUGACUUCCAUCUUCUAGGCUUGUCUCGAACCUCUGUUUCCGGUCAGUCGGAGCUGUUGGGUCUAUCAAAUAGUAUUCAGAUUCAACGAAAACUAAAGGCUACGCCAUUGUUUUUGGGUUUUCUUCCAAUUUUACAGCGGUUUGGAUUGACUUUUUUCUUUGUUUGUGUGGACUACAAUUAGUGUGUGACUUCAAUAUGGCCGACAUAAAAAAUUUGGUAGUCUCCAA